GAUUUCUAAGGAAAUAAUUAAAUAAGCAUAUACAAUAGCAAAAUGAUGAGAAAUAGAACAAUUUUUAUCAUAUUCUUCUUACUCUUAGCUGUUACAUUCUUACAAUUUUUUAAAGCAUCAUCUUCUCUUACUGAUUCAUUUAGUGUUUAUAAUAAACAAAUAGCAAGCGAUGUACCUAGCAAUGUUAAAAUUCUCUAAAAAAUUAAUUUACAAGAUGAUGAUAAUGUGUAAAAGUUUUAAUUUAUUGAACCUUUGAAACUUUGCAUCAUAGUUACUUAGAGUAGAUUAUUAGUAUGGAGUAUAGCACUAAAUCAGCUCUUAACUGAUUUUUAAUAUUAAAUUGAUUCAAUAAAUGCUAGAAAUACUUUGGAUUAUAAUAUUUUAAUUGAAAAUGCCAAUCUUCUUCUAGCAAAAAAGUUAGUUUUGAUAGCUCUAUCUAAAUAGGAAAAAAAAGUUUACAUAUUUUAAUAUCUGCUUGAAGCGUAAUAGUAUGAUUAAAUAAAAAUAGUACAAUUUGUAAAUGAUACUACUUUAGGUCAAGAUAAAUUGAGUAAUCAUCUUUAAUUUAAAAUUGAAGCAAUCGAAGACUUAAGUUUAGUAAAGACUAUAACUCAUAAAGAGAUAAAGUAACAAAUAUUGGUUUAGAUAGAAAACUAUUCCUUUGGAAACUUAAAAUUUGAUGGAGAAAAAAUUAGUCUUAAUUUGAUUAACAAUGUUGAUUUAGAUGAAAAGGAUAAUUUAAGCAACCAAAAAAUUGAAAGUAUUUAGCGAUUUUCUGAAAAUACUUAUAUAGUCUAAAAAGGGAAAAAUUACUAUUUUUCUUCUAUUACCAAUAAACUUAACUUAAUUGAUCCUCUUUUUAUACCUAAAAAUUCUAAAAUUAUAUCUAUCGGAACUUUAUCAAAUAAAAUUUACAAGUAUUUAAUUUAUCAAGAAAGUGAUUAGCUAAAAUUAGCAUUUUUAAAAUCAAAUAAUGGUGGCAUUUUUUAAAUUUUUAACUACACAAAUUUAUCUCUCAUCCACUCGCAUUCUCUGCAAAAUUCUAUUUAUUUAAAAUAAAACAUGUCUUAAUUAGCUUACAAAAUAUAAUUAAAUUGCCAAAAGCAGAUUUGCUAUGAGGAAAAAAGGAAUUUAAUUAAUUUACCAAGUAAUGAAGUAAUUUAUAUAAUUCAGGAAUAGUACUUGAAUAGUAAAAUUUAUAUCACUUCAGAAUAAAAUCAAAUUAUUGUAAAAUAAUUUGAAAAUGAGACAAAUAGCUAAGAUUCUCUUCCUUAAAAUAAGUAAAACUUUUUAGGUGACCAAAUUAGAAUUUUAGAUACAUCUGGUAGUGAGCAAAAUACUACUUAAACAAGCGAUGAAAAUUCAGAUAGCUCUGAAAGUGAUGCUUUGUAAAUAGUUUAGAUUGUUCUUGGAAUAGUUGGUGCUAUUGUAUUUUUGUUUGCAGUUGUUCUUUGCAUUAGAAAAUACAGAUAAAAUAAAUUUAAAUAGUAAUAGUUGAAUAAGCAGUAAAUAGAAGCCAAUAAAAUUUAAUAGCCAACCUAAAAAACUAUGUAAACAUAACUCUUAUAAAUACCAGUUGGUUUGAACAAUCCAGAUUUAUCAGGGUAAAGUGAUCUAAGGCAAUUACAUUCUGUAGGAUCAGGAGUGCCUCUCUAAAAUGGUUAGAAUGGUUAUUUAUCUUAAAAUCCUGCCUUGCCUUAGUAAAUAACUAAAAAUUAGAUUUAGAGUAAUCCUUAAUAUAUGCAAAAUAUACCUUCUCAAUAGCAGCUCUCUGCACCACCUGCUUUACAUGGUGUGAUUAAUCCUUCUAUGGCAAAUCCUAUUAUUCAAAAGGAUAUAGGUCCAAUUGCCCCUUAAUUAAUUCCACUAGUUCCAGGAAUGAAUAUGAUCUAAGAUCAAUAUAUCGCUGAAUAGUAAAAACAACUUCUAUUAAAAGAAAUGUAAUUGAAGCAAAUGGAAUUAUAAAUGAGAGAAUAAAAUUUAUUACAAAUGCAACAGUAAUAAUAAUAAAUACAAUAACAACCUUAAUAUGGAGACUAUGGUAAUCAAAAUAUAUAUUUAAAUAAUAAUAUCAUGCCUAAUUAAGAUGCAUAUAAUAAACCUGCAAACGAUUACAAAAAAUUGGCAGCGUAAAUAGAAGAAAAACAAAAUUUAAUAGAUUAGAAUGAUACUCCAACACAAAAUCCUGAUAACUUUAAGUUCAAUUAAAAUAAAUAUGAUUCAAAUCCUCCUUUACCAGCUCCUCCCGCUAAUAAUGAUUAUGAUCAUAACAAAAAUGAAUAGGCAGGGUAAUUUAAUUAUUCAAUUCCUAAAAAAGGAUAUUUCUUUGGAAAUCAGAAUGUUGCUUAGAAUGAAAAUUAAAUAAAUAAUGGAGCUAUUAAAAAUUUAAAUAACACAGAAGUUUAAAAGAAUAUCUUUGAGUAGUAAAUGCUUGCCAUCAUGGCUAGUGGAGCUGUACCUGCACAGGCAGAUAAGAAACCAUUCAUUUAACCUCCUAUGAUAGAAGAUGGAGAAUAGCAUCCUAAAGGAGUAAUAGAUCACUCUGCUUACAAUUAAUACAAUUAGUAUAAUUAAAGCUAAAGUUUACAACAAUAAAAAGAAAACAAUAAAAAAUUAAUAAACACUCAAAUUCAGAAGCAAAACUUCGAAGAUGAAAUUCUAAGAUAAUUGCAAGGCACAGAAGUUUUUCAAAAGAAUAAGUAAAAUUAGAAUGGCGGCUUAUAGCCAAUAUAAGAACAAUAAUUUCCUAAAUUUAUUCACGAUUAAGAAGAGGAUGAGUAGAACCUUCAUAAAUUUGAUGAUGAUCAAGAAGAAGAAAAUUUAGAUAACUAUAAUCCUGAUUAAAAGUAGAGUGUAGAAAUUAAUCAUAUCAAUAAAAUAGCAGUUAUGAAUCCUAAUUUAAACCUUAAUAAUAAAGCCAACAUUUAUAAUAACUAAAAGGUUGAGCAGAGUAUACAAAUAAACUAGAAUUUUAGCUAGGGUCUUUAAAAAAGCUAAUAAAAUAACUUUAUGGAGUUUAUGAAAGAUCAAUUAGGAGAAUCUCUUGGUAACAAUAAGCCUGUCCCUAAAUUUAUAUAAUCUUAGAUUGAAUAAUCUUUAGGAAUGAAAAAUGAUAAUAGUUUAAAUUAGGCAAAUAAAGAUGGCAUAGAUAUAAAUUAAAUUAAGUUAGAGUAAUCAGCUGAUUAAAAAGAAAACAUUUAAAACAACCAAAAGCCCCAGAGAGCAAAUUAUGAUUAAAUUUUAUAAAAAGUUACAGACAACGGAUAAAAAAUUAAUGGAAACUAAGGAGAAUAAAAAUAGAGCUAAUUAGAAGACAUAGACAGUAAACCAACCUGUAGAAUUUGUCUCGAUAACCCUCCUUAAGUUGUCUUCCAAUGUGGCCACACUAUGUGCGAGCCUUGCAGUACACUUGUUUAAAAGAAAAGUAAUAUUUGCCCACACUGCAACAUUCCUAUUCAAACUAUAAUAAAGCUAUUCAUCUGA